AAAACCAAUGGAAGGUGUUUCCAAACUUAUAUUAGGAUUGAGUAUAUAUGGUUUAUUGGUAACAGUUGGAUUGACAGCGAUACCCAUGGAAUUGGCGUGCCUGGCAAUAGAGGGAGAUGUGACGGUGGACGAAUGGGAGGUGGAAAGAGCUUCGGUGGAUUUCGGAAUGAUGAAGAGGACGGAGCCGCUAGUCGUAUUGCACCCUGCCUCGGGGGAGGACGUGGCGACGGUGGUUCGAGCGGCGUAUGAGUUGGGCAAGGGGUUGAGAGUGUCGGCGAGAGGGGAGGGUCACUCCACGAACGGGCAGGCUCAGGCGGAGAAAGGGGUGGUCAUAGACAUGAGGUCGCGGUCUAGUGUGACGGUGUGGGAGGAGGAGAAGUAUGUGGAUGUGUGGGGUGGAGAGCUCUGGAUAAAGGUACUGAUGGAGACGUUGGAGUAUGGACUCGCACCAAAGUCCUGGACCGAUUACCUGUAUUUGACGGUCGGCGGAACCCUCUCCAACGCCGGCAUCAGUGGCCAGACCUUCCAUCACGGCCCUCAGAUCUCCAACGUCCACCAGCUCGACGUUGUCACAGGAAAGGGCGAGUUGUUGACAUGCUCCGAGGAUCUUGACACUGAGUUGUUCCAUGCCGUCCUGGGAGGUCUUGGACAAUUCGGAAUCAUCACUAGGGCCAGAAUUGCUCUUCAACCGGCCCCUCACAGGGUGCGUUGGAUAAGAGUGCUGUAUUCGGAUUUUUCAGUGUUCACGAGAGACCAAGAGUUUCUGAUCUCUCUGCAUGGGAAACCAGCCAGUGAGAGAUUUGACUACGUUGAGGGAUUUGUAAUAGUGGACGAAGGGCUUAUUAACAAUUGGAGGUCCUCCUUUUUUUCACCCAGUAACCCAGUCACUCUCAGUUCUCUGAAUGCUGAUGGGGGUGUCUUAUACUGCUUGGAGAUUACCAAAAAUUACCAUGAAGGCAACGCAAGUACUGUUGACCAGGAAAUAGAGGGCCUGUUGGAAAAGUUAGAUUUUAUAGAAACAUCAGUGUUCACAAAAGACGUGACAUACGUGGAUUUUCUGGAUCGCGUACACAAGGCAGAGUUAAAGCUGAGGUCCAAGGGUUUGUGGGAGGUCCCACAUCCAUGGCUCAACCUUUUUGUUCCCAAGUCAAGGAUAGCUGACUUCGACAAGGGCGUCUUCAAGGGCAUUCUCGGAAAUACCACAAGUGGCCCCAUCCUCAUCUACCCCAUGAACUCCAGCAAGUGGGAUCAGCGGAGCUCGGUGGUGACACCAGAGGAGGAGGUGUUCUACCUAGUGGCAUUUCUGAGAUCAGCUGUGGAUAAUGAGACUGUGGAGUACCUGAACAAUCAGAACCAUGAAAUCCUGAGAUUCUGCGAUGAUGAGGGCAUCAAGGUGAAACAGUAUCUUCCACAUUACACAAAGCAACAGCAGUGGAAGGACCACUUUGGGAACAAAUGGGACCAAUUUUAUCAAAGGAAGAUGCAAUUCGAUCCUGGCUGCAUCUUGGCCACUGGCCAGCGUAUUUUUAAGCCUCCCACUACUACCUCCAACGACGUAUGAAAAGUU